AUGAGCAGCCCGAGUUUUUUCUUUUCAUACUAAGUGUCGCAUAAAGACAAUGAGGAGAAGCUUUUGCUCAUUUGCUAUUGAAAACUGACCAACUUUUACUGAUGGAGCAGGAAUUUUGGUAAAGAUUGACAUUAUAAAGUAAGGCCGGGAGUGUGUUGAUGUUGGCGUAAAGAAACCUUGGAUUAUUUUAUGAAUUUUUGCACAUACCUGAGGAUCUUUUAAAGGCAUCCGUCAUGAAUCCCCUGUGGAAAGUCUAUAAGAGUAAAGUCAUGAAGACCCUCAAUCCGGAAAUGGAGGAAGAGACUGUGGAAGAGGUUAGUGACGUGGCUGAAGAUAUGACAGAGAUCCAGUCUGAUGAAGGACCCAAUGCUGUGACACAACUGGCCAAGAGAAUGCAGGGAGCCGGAGCGAAGGGCUGGAAAAGUGUUUCGUCUCUAUUCACCAAAGAGGACGAACAUCAGCUUCUGGAGGCCGACAAUCAGCCGGUCGCAGAUCAUCCCCUGGCAGUGAAGCCGGAGGAGCCUCCGCGGCCCAACAAGCGCAACACUGGAUUCUGGGACAACUUUGCCACAAAAUGGCAGCAGGCGGCAGCGAUGAAACAAGCUGAGGCAGCGGAGUCUGGAGGAGACGCCCAGGAGGAGGAGAUCCAGAGCGGAUCCAGAGCUGAAGAGAACCAGGAGGGAGAAGCCGGAGACACCGGUGCGGGAAACAGCUUCUCCAAAUACGCCACACUGGGGGAAGAAAGCGAAGAAACUCCCACCUUCAAGUGGAACUUUGUCACCAGCAAACUGGCCGAGCUGAAGACCAGAAGCAUGGCCAAGAGCAACUAGCCAACAGUGGAGGAGAACUAGAGAAGGGUUUCACAGUUCAGACCACAGCGGCCACAGUGCUUCAUAUCAGCUUUAUCACGCUGAUGUACAGCGAUCGCAUUUCAGCAGCGUGUCGAAAAGCAGCGACCGGCUCGACACUGUGGCCUCUCUCGGCCUGGACUGCUGUGGGAACUACUGGUUAUUGGAAACCCAUACAAGUGUGUGCUUGGUAAAGGUGAAGUGUGUAAUCUUUAGGGAUGAAAUGAUUCCGGUUUGCAAAGCUCGGGCUGCAGAUAAAAAUAAAUGUAACUGAAAUAUCAGCAUGUUUUAAAGUCAUUUUAAA